UUGACACAGUUCGGCGUUAUACAUACUUGGUAUUUUGAGGUCAUGUCACUUUUAAACUAUAAACUGAUAAGACAAUACAACUAAUAUAGCAAUGAGAACACCGAGACGCGGGACUAACGUAAUGUUGGGCGUACUAUUCUUCUCGGGGCUGGUUAUUACAGUGACGGCUGAUGACGUCAUUGACCCCUGCAAGCAGCACACGGUGUUGGACGAACCAUGGCGAAGCUUGACAAGUAACGAGACUUCGAAUCUACAAUGCGAUCAAUCGCUGAAAAUGGGGUGGUAUCGAUUCAACCACGCGGAAAUGUUGUUCGACACCUGCGUGGAUGCAUACCACUGCGGAACGCAUAUACCGAUGUGGAUCAAUGGAUCGAAGCCCAGCGUGACCGACAACGUAACGAUCUUGAAUGCGUGUGGCAAAUACGACAGAGACUGUUGUUUCUACAGUCGGGAGAUAGGCGUCAAGAAUUGCAGCACAUUCCUCGCCUACUACCUGCAGCCGACACCAGGGUGCUCUAUGGCGUACUGUCUGAAAGUGGACCGGAAAUGUGACGAGAACGAGUUCUCUGCCACCGGAUAUGAACCUUGUCAAGAUAAGUACCCGAAGCUUGUUCGAGAGCCAUUCAUGGCGGGACCGGAAAUAGAUGGGACCGACUUCAAGUUCACGUGCUUCGUACCGUACCCGGCCUUGUACCUUGACGCCACCUUUAACGUUGCGUGGUUGUCAAAUGGUCACGUGAUCAAGACGGUGACGUUGAGCGGGACAGAGCGACGGGCAAUUCUAUACGGCGAGGACUUGAAUGGUUUUAUGAAUGCGAACAUUUCCUGUAUGGUUAGGACAAACUUCGCUGACGGGCAUAGUCCAUUUACGAGUCCGGCGUUCCAAAGUAACAGCUACUGGGCGGGAAUAAAGAUAACCCCUGAAAACAUGACAUUGAACGGCACGUGGCAAGAAGUAACGCUGACGUCAACAGUUCCUGUCGUCUGUAAAACCACUUCCGGUGACUGCAAGGUGGAAUACGCGGUUUCAACUGAUAACGGCAAUGUUUCCCUCAGCGAGUGCCGCCUUACACUUCGUCCGACGAAUUGGAUUAACUCGACAGCAUCAACUAGUAUGAAGGUUUCCACGACACCAAGUUUCGCUCCUCAGACUGGAGGUAUAUCCCAUAUUCAGUUCAAAUACACCGGACACGCAACUGGACGAGAGUGGUCCCACCUGCAAAUCCCGAAAUAUCCGGUAAAAACGACGCAAAGCGGGUCGGGUGCCAUGUGCGUAUCGGCCGGCGACCCUCAUAUUUUUACAUUCGACAACCAAAAAGACAACAAACACUACGACAACUUUCACGUGGGACAGUAUGUUCUAGUGCAGAGGUUAUCCGGGACAUUCAGGGUCGAGACACGUACAAUCGCCCUCGGUAAGGCUGCCGUCAAUUGCGGCGUCGCCGUCCGUGAAGGAAAUGACGUCAUUACAUUGGACCAGUGCGACGGGGAGCCGGGGAAGGCUCAGCUGAGGAUGGCAGUGAAGAGCAUCGGAAACGUCGCAAGAAAGGCUGAAAUCGUCCGCAGCGAGUCCGGCACAGAAUACGUGAUCAAGUUCCCGUCAGGUGCGGUGGUGAAGCUAGAUACAUUAAAAUAUAAUAUUGAUGUGUCCGUCAAGCUGCCGGGAUAUUUCUCCGGGGAUACAGAAGGUCUCUGCGGCAGAUACGACGGCAAUCCCGGCAACGAUCUAAAGUCACCAAAUGGUCACGUGUACGCGAUGGAACGCUUCCCGUACGCUUUCAUAGAGUCUUGGAGCAUUCCAAAGAACCAAAGCUUGUUCGAGAAGGAUCUCACGGCGCUGGAGCCCGAGCCACACCAGCACUGUGUGUGUUACAACAGCGCAGAGGCGUGUCAUCGUACCCCGCCCUCCAUUCCGGACACCAAGGUGAUGUGCCCGAGAUGCGUGGACCUUCCACACCCGAGUCCAUCGCCAGCAACAACGCAGUCACCAAUAACAACAUCGCAACCAACAACAGUAGUAUCUGUACAACCUACUCCAGCGCCCACACCAGCGACGGCUGCGGGAGGCGGAUCCCUUUUUAAAACAACCAACCCCAACCACUACCACCACAACCUCCACCAUCACCACAGCCACACCGACUACGGUCUCGUUCAUCACACUUCCACCUCCGGAACCGUAUGAGUUUCCUAAUCCUCAAUGGAAUGCUUCAAACCAGACAGUCCCGUUCCAGUCCAAACCGGACGCAAGCCGGAUCUGCUGGGUCAUGCUUAACCGGUUUGAAUCUGCGCGCACCUGCAUACAGGAGCGAUACCAGCUUGGCAUUCAAGAUCUCAUGGAUAUG